CUUGUCAGUGCAGGCGACGCUCUUGGCUACGUUGCUCUUGGACCAGCAAGAUUUCUUAAUAUGCCUUUUCUUGUGCUUUUCUGCACAGCACUAUGGCUCGCUAUCGAAUAUUACGCUUUCAUGACGAUUGCUAUGUGCAUGGUCUAUAGAUAUGUGACCAUUACCGGAACAAGUCUCAGCGAAAGGCAACUGGUGGCUAUUUCCGUUAUCACGUUUUUGCUCCCGCUAUCGACUGGAAUUGCUUUACUUGUAUCUAAUCCGGAUUUUUCGGAGUUGCAUAGCAUAAUGGAUAAGCUAAGGCCGGAAUAUGAUUUGCAAAGAUACGGGAAUUACUGCGGUUUUCCGAACGUCAAAAAUAUAUUCAUCAUGUACUUAAUUGUUGUGCUAUGCGGUAUCGCAAUAAUUUCGUACAUUGUGAUGAUAACAGUAGGGCUUCGGACGAGAAGUUUUCUGGCGGAAAAAGCGGAAGAUUUGUCUGCAAAAAAUCUUCAAAUUUUCAAGAUGAUGAUAAAGGCUCUUAUAAUCCAAGCGUUGGUGACAGUAUUGUUCUCGUUUCCUCAUCUAUUUCUGUACAUGCUGCUACAAUUUACAUCGUUUCGCUGCCUUGCAGCAGAGUAUAUAGGGGUCUUGAUCUCUCCACUGGUGAUCGUGGUUGAUCCCUGCAUUACUUUAUACUAUGUCUUACCCUACAGACGCUAUCUACUAAGAAAAUUUGGUUUUGCCAAUGAGACUGUAUCGCAAACGGCAAUGAGCACGACAGCAGCUGCUGACUACAUCAGGAAUCCAGUGAAGCAAUGA